AUGUUUUUGUUGGUGUUACUCAGGUGGCGAGGAAAGUUUCUGAAAGGGGCAAAUCGGCUUCAAGGAAGAGCAGUGAUAUUCUUGUCUAUGGUCUGCCCCGUCCUCUUCGGCUUUCGCAGCUUUAUGGCCUUCAAAGGCUCAACGCCUCCGCUGCAUCCGCUGCACUUAGUUGCACGAGGUGUAACUUCACCUCAGGUGAUAGCGGGACAGCUGGAGCUGCUACAGCUGUUGGUCGUCAUUGCUGCUGCUAGUGCUUCUGUGUUCGUUUGCACAGUGGAGGCGGAAGUUGCGUCCACGCCAUUGUUUCUGAAGCUGGAGCUGCUACAGCUGUUGGUCGUCAUUGCUGCUGCUAGUGCUCCUGUGUUCGUUUGCACAGUGGAGGCGGAAGUUGCGUUCACGCCAUUGUUUCUGGAGGGCAGCUUCGACUCGGCGAUCAUGGCUCCUCUCAUGCAGCAGAACAUGUAUCCCUUUACUCCUGCUCCUCCUCACCCUCAUGCACAGGAAAAUAUCGGCCACGGCCCGGCUAUGCCCAGCGAAGUGUAUCCUCAGUUUAUGCAUCCCCAGGUCCCCUACAGGGAUUCGUUCUCGAGCUAUGCGCCGGCGUCUUCAUCAGGAGCCUGCAACAACUCACAGUACCCACAGCCAGGGCAGCGCCAGUGA